CGUGCGAAGAACAGGAAGCGAACAUUUUCAGACUCCGACGCAGAUGCUGGUGUCUAGUCACUUUUCUCUGUGAAUGAUACUGGCCGUGCUGGGUUUCCUUUGAGUAAUUGAAGCGCAGGCAGGAGGGCAACCUAUCGUGAAAGCCGCGCUUUGUGGUUAUCUAACUAGAAUAUUUGAGACAUUUCGGCCGUGAGAUCGGGAGCUUGAGUCCGAGGCAAGGGCGUGUUUGAAUCUCAAGUGUUGGAGACUGGCUGCCUCCUCCUCUUCACUGGAUGCUAGCUCGGUAGCCUUUGCAUGUCGUUGCACGCCUAGUUAAAAGUUUGUUUUAGUCUGCAUAUUUUUGUAUUUAUUCGGAGGCCAGAUUAGAAGAAGAUGGGAUGUACUCUGAGCACGGACGACAAGGCGGCGCAGGAGAGGAGCAAGAUGAUCGACAGGAAUCUGCGGGACGACGGAGAAAAAGCUGCCCGGGAGGUCAAGCUGCUGUUGCUCGGUGCUGGAGAGUCUGGCAAAAGUACAAUUGUCAAACAGAUGAAGAUCAUCCACGAAGCGGGCUACUCAGAGGAGGAGUGUAAGCAGUACAAGGCCGUGGUCUACAGCAACACCAUCCAGUCCAUUAUCGCCAUCAUCAGAGCGAUGGGACGCCUGAAGAUCGAUUUUGCUGAUGCGGCCAGAGCGGAUGAUGCACGGCAGCUGUUCGUGCUGGCGGGUUCAGCUGAAGAGGGUUUCAUGACAGGCGAGCUCGCCGGGGUCAUCCAGCGGCUGUGGAAAGACGGAGGAGUUCAGGCCUGCUUCAGCCGCUCCCGAGAGUACCAGCUCAACGACUCUGCAGCAUAUUACCUGAACGACUUGGACAGGAUAUCCCACGGUGCUUAUGUGCCCACCCAGCAGGAUGUGCUGAGAACCAGAGUCAAAACUACUGGUAUUGUGGAAACACACUUCACUUUCAAGGACCUGCACUUCAAGAUGUUUGAUGUGGGUGGACAGAGAUCAGAGAGGAAGAAGUGGAUCCAUUGUUUUGAGGGAGUCACCGCCAUCAUCUUCUGUGUGGCUCUGAGUGACUAUGACCUGGUGCUGGCUGAGGAUGAGGAGAUGAACCGAAUGCACGAGAGCAUGAAGCUGUUUGAUUCCAUCUGCAACAACAAGUGGUUCACAGACACCUCCAUCAUCCUCUUCCUCAACAAGAAAGACCUGUUUGAGGAAAAGAUCAAAAAGAGCCCUCUCACAAUCUGCUACCCAGAAUAUGCAGGCUCCAACACCUACGAGGAGGCAGCAGCUUACAUUCAGUGCCAGUUUGAGGACCUGAACAAGAGAAAGGACACCAAGGAGAUCUACACCCACUUCACCUGCGCCACCGACACCAAGAACGUGCAGUUUGUGUUCGAUGCCGUCACUGACGUCAUCAUCAAGAACAACCUGAAGGACUGCGGGCUUUUCUAAAGGCAGCGUGGCGGCCGGCUUACCAAAUGACUUUGUUGAAGGGGACUCUGACUGAAGGGAACUUCAUGGAGCCUGCUGAGAAUGUCACUUUUAACCUCUUAUUAACUUAUGUUCAUCUCUAAAAGUUUUAAGACUGUGUGUAGAAAAAACAUUUUGUGUAAAGUAUUUGUACAACAGUCUAUGGCCUGGGAUUUUUCACAGUUUUUAAAAUGUGCUUGUUUUACCUUAUUACCUUAUUACCAUUAUUUUAAUUUUUUUAUAUAAAAAGGGGGGCCUUGACUUUUUUUUUUGUCCAUGAAUGAACACUUCUUGUCUUUUGUUUGUAGGUGCUUGUGCCUUGCAUGCCUUAGUUGCAGUGUUUUUCUUUUUGUUGACUUAGAUGUUAGGUUUAUGUAGACGUAUUUCUUUUCUUCUGAUUAUUUCAUCGUCGCAUUGUUUUUGCCUCCUUGGACAAACCAAGCCAGACCAAGUCACUCUGUAGACCAAUUCACUCUGACUCUGACAUACUGUGAGAGCUGCGUGUAAGCCUUUUUGGACGUGUGGUUUGCAUGUGUGCUGCGAGUGGGAGCUUUUCUUUUAAUUGAGACCAAAAGCCAGUGUGAGUGGUUGGGUGUGUGUGUGUGUGAAUGUGUGUACAAAAUAAAACAAAGGGACUUUAUUCCUCUACUUGUCAUCCUCUUUCAAAGUUUUAUUUUUCUAAACGACUCAAAAAAGGCGAUUCUGUCCAAUUAAUGAGCGCACGUUGUUUGUGCGCCGCUACAAACUGCAACAUUCCUGAUUGAAUCAUGAGGUAAAGAGAAGCUUUGAACAGAGGAUGCCAACGGCGGCCUUGUAGCAGGCAACAGGACCAUAUGUACAUCAGUGUUCAGUGCACAGACAGGUGGCUGAGUACUAGUGCACUGUCACUAAUCCUGAUCUGUGAUGGUUUCAAGUCACAUAUCCCCCCUCGACCCCAACCCUCUGUUUCCAUUGGACGGGCACAUUAGUGGACUAAUCUCCAUGAUUUUGCUAAUAAAAGAGCUGCGGUGGUAAAACCAUGGCAACUUAUGCAAGAAA